CCUCCCCCCAGGAGCUGCAAAUGGUAUCUGCCAAACAGAUGACAAAGUACCUUGGACUGAAUCACACCGAGACAGCAUUUUGAGCAGAACGCAGGCUAAACUCUUGUAAUUACUGUUUAUAGCUGGCCGAGGCUUCCUAGGAGAGGGCAAACACAAGAGGAAGUAAGUUUCCUGAACCUUUCAGAUGGCUGUGCGCUAAUUAAAGGGCAGCACGGGACGGGCAAUUCUCCGACAGGCACCGAGUUGUUCCCGAGACCACAGUUCACCGCACGUUUUUCUCGGGAGGGAGCGAGCAGAUAAUUGGGAUAUUUUUUCCCCCUUGAUUUUUCCUCCCAUCUCCGUCUUGAACUCAUGGCCUUGAACUCACAGUGAACUGAAGAAAGAAAGCGAUGGAUAUGUCUGACCCCAAUUUCUGGACUGUGCUCUCAAACUUUACUUUGCCUCAUUUGAGGAGUGGGAACAGACUUCGGCGCACACAAAGUUGCCGAACAAGCAACCGGAAAAGUUUGAUAGGCAAUGGCCAGUCACCAGCUUUGCCCAGACCACACUCGCCUCUCUCUGCUCAUGCAGGAAACAGCCCGCAAGACAGUCCAAGGAAUUUCUCCCCCAGUGCCUCAGCCCAUUUCUCCUUCGCACGGAGGACGGACGGGCGUCGUUGGUCCCUGGCUUCUCUCCCCUCCUCAGGCUAUGGGACAAAUACACCAAGCUCCACGGUCUCUUCAUCCUGCUCCUCCCAGGAGAAGUUGCACCAGUUACCGUAUCAGCCAACCCCAGAUGAAUUACACUUCUUGUCCAAACAUUUUUGCACCACUGAGAGCAUCGCCGCUGAGAACCGAUGCAGGAACACGCCCAUGCGUCCCCGUUCCCGGAGUCUCAGCCCUGGACGUUCCCCCGCCUGCUGUGACCAUGAAAUAAUUAUGAUGAACCAUGUCUACAAAGAAAGGUUCCCAAAGGCUACGGCUCAGAUGGAAGAGCGUCUAAGGGAAAUCAUCACCAGCUACUCCCCAGACAAUGUCCUCCCCUUGGCAGACGGAGUGCUGAGCUUCACCCACCAUCAGAUCAUCGAACUGGCUCGCGACUGUUUGGACAAGUCCCGCCAGGGCCUCAUCACGUCACGUUACUUUCUAGAGUUGCAGCACAAGCUGGAUAAGCUGCUCCAGGAGGCUCAUGAUCGCUCCGAAAGUGGAGAACUGGCAUUUAUUAAGCAGCUAGUCCGAAAGAUCUUAAUUGUCAUUGCCCGCCCCGCUCGGCUGUUGGAGUGCUUGGAAUUUGAUCCUGAAGAAUUUUACUACCUGUUGGAAGCCGCAGAAGGCCAUGCCAAAGAAGGCCAGGGAAUCAAAACUGACAUUCCCCGGUACAUCAUCAGCCAGCUGGGGCUCAAUAAGGACCCUCUGGAAGAAAUGGCUCAGUUGGGGAAUUAUGAUAGUGGGACAGCAGAAACACCAGAGACGGAUGAAUCACUGAGUAGCUCAAAUACUUCUCUGAGACUUCGAAGGAAACCCCGAGAGAGUGAUUUUGAAACAAUUAAAUUGAUCAGCAAUGGAGCCUAUGGGGCGGUCUACUUUGUUCGGCAUAAAGAAUCCCGGCAGAGGUUUGCCAUGAAGAAGAUCAAUAAACAGAACCUCAUCCUUCGGAACCAGAUCCAGCAGGCCUUCGUGGAACGUGACAUCCUCACUUUCGCGGAGAACCCCUUCGUGGUCAGCAUGUAUUGCUCCUUUGAAACAAGACGCCACCUGUGCAUGGUCAUGGAGUAUGUAGAAGGGGGAGACUGUGCAACCUUAAUGAAAAACAUGGGUCCUCUCCCCGUUGAUAUGGCCAGGAUGUACUUUGCUGAGACAGUCUUGGCCUUGGAGUACCUGCAUAACUAUGGAAUUGUGCACAGGGAUUUGAAGCCAGACAACCUGUUGGUCACCUCCAUGGGGCACAUAAAGCUGACCGAUUUCGGCUUAUCUAAAGUGGGGCUGAUGAGCAUGACCACCAAUCUCUAUGAAGGUCACAUUGAGAAGGAUGCCCGAGAGUUCCUAGAUAAACAGGUCUGUGGUACACCUGAAUACAUUGCCCCCGAGGUGAUUCUGAGACAAGGCUAUGGGAAGCCUGUGGACUGGUGGGCCAUGGGCAUUAUCCUCUAUGAAUUUCUAGUUGGAUGUGUGCCUUUCUUUGGGGACACUCCAGAAGAGCUAUUUGGACAAGUCAUCAGUGAUGAAAUCAACUGGCCUGAAAAGGAUGAGGCCCCGCCUCCAGAUGCCCAGGAUCUGAUUACAUUGCUUCUCAGGCAGAAUCCGCUGGAGAGGCUGGGAACAGGUGGUGCCUAUGAAGUGAAGCAGCAUCGCUUCUUCCGCUCCUUGGACUGGAACAGUUUGCUGAGACAGAAGGCGGAAUUUAUUCCCCAACUGGAGUCGGAGGAUGACACAAGUUAUUUUGAUACUCGGUCAGAGAAGUACCAUCACAUGGAAACGGAGGAGGAGGAUGACACCAAUGAUGAGGACUUCACCGUGGAGAUCCGGCAGUUCUCCUCCUGUUCGCACAGGUUUUCAAAAGUUUUCAGCAGUAUAGACCGAAUGACUCCGAAUUCAGGAGAGGACAAAGACGACACCGAGGACAAAACCAAAAGCACAACUCUGCCGUCCACGGAGACGCUCAGCUGGAGCUCCGAGUACUCGGAAGUGCAACAGUUAUCGACGUCCAACUCUUCAGAUACAGAAAGCAACAGAUGCAAGCUCAGUUCUGGCCUGCUUCCCAAGCUGGCGAUCUCAACAGAGGGAGAGCAAGAUGAAGCCAUCCCUUGCUCUGGAGACCCCAGAGAGGAGCCGGAAAAGCCAGUCCUCCCUCCCGAGGAGUGUACUCAGGAGGAGCCUGAGGUCACCACUCCAGCCAGCACCAUCAGCAGUUCCACGCUGUCGGUUGGCAGUUUUUCAGAGCACUUGGAUCAGAUAAAUGGGCGAAGCGAGUGUGUGGACAGUACAGAUAACACCUCAAAGCCGUCCAGUGAACCCGCUUCCCACAUGGCGCGGCAGCGGUUAGAAAACACAGAGAAAAAGAGACUUGCGGGGAAAGUCACAAAGUCCCUCUCUGCCAGUGCCCUGUCCCUCAUGAUCCCAGGAGAUAUGUUUGCUGUGUCUCCACUGGGAAGUCCCAUGUCCCCGCACUCCCUGUCUUCAGACCCUUCCUCUUCGCGGGAUUCCUCCCCUAGCCGAGAUUCUUCGGCCGCAUCUGCCAGUCCCCACCAGCCCAUUGUGAUCCACAGCUCAGGGAAGAACUAUGGAUUUACCAUCCGAGCCAUCCGGGUGUACGUUGGUGACAGUGACAUCUACACAGUGCACCACAUCGUCUGGAAUGUAGAAGAAGGAAGUCCCUCCCACCAGGCUGGACUGAAGGCUGGGGAUCUGAUCACGCACAUCAAUGGAGAGCCGGUUCAUGGACUCGUCCACACGGAAGUCAUCGAGCUUCUGCUGAAGAGUGGGAAUAAGGUGUCAAUCACCACUACCCCGUUUGAAAACACAUCAAUCAAAACAGGACCAGCCAGAAGGAACAGUUACAAGAGCCGGAUGGUGAGAAGGAGCAAGAAGUCUAAGAAGAAGGAAAGUCUAGAAAGGAGGAGAUCGCUCUUCAAGAAGCUAGCCAAGCAGCCUUCUCCUUUGCUCCACACCAGCCGAAGUUUCUCCUGCUUGAACCGAUCCCUGUCAUCUGGAGAGAGCCUCCCGGGAUCCCCUACCCACAGCUUAUCGCCACGGUCUCCGACACCCAGCUACCGCUCUACGCCUGAUUUCCCAUCAGGUACCAACUCCUCCCAGAGCAGCUCACCAAGUUCAAGUGCCCCCAAUUCUCCAGCAGGCUCAGGGCACAUCCGGCCCAGUACCCUCCACGGCCUGGCCCCCAAACUCAGUGGGCAGCGAUACCGCUCUGGAAGGCGAAAGUCAGCUGGCAGCAUCCCGCUCUCCCCCCUGGCCAGGACACCCUCUCCAACUCCCCAGCCUACCUCCCCUCAGCGGUCGCCAUCACCACUGCUGGGACACUCACUGGGCAAUGCCAAGAUCACUCAGGCCUUUCCCAGCAAGAUGCACUCUCCCCCCACCAUCGUCAGACACAUCGUGAGGCCCAAGAGUGCAGAGCCGCCCCGCUCCCCACUGCUGAAGCGGGUACAGUCUGAGGAGAAGUUGUCACCCUCCUAUGGCAGUGACAAGAAGCACCUGUGCUCUCGCAAGCACAGCCUGGAGGUGACACAGGAGGAGGUGCAGAGGGAGCAGUGCCAGCGGGAGGUGACGCUGCAGAGCCUGGAGGAGAAUGUAUGUGACGCGCCUUCCCUCAGUCGGGCCAGGCCAGUGGAACAAGGCUGUCUGAAGCGGCCUGUGUCCCGGAAGCUGGGCAGGCAAGAGUCUGUGGAUGACCUGGACCGAGACAAGCUAAAGGCCAAGGUCAUAAUGAAGAAACCAGAGGAGAAACAUGAAUCCCACCAGAAACCUCACAGCCUUGGUGGUGACUCAGAAAGCUAUGCUCUCUUCAGGAUGGAGGAGAGAGAGAAGAAAGUGUAUCCCAAGGGGCUGGAAAGAUCAGGUCACUUUGAGAACACAGCAGCAGAGUCUCCUUGUGUGGGCAGCCUGCUGAAGGACACCCUUCACAAGCAGGCCAGCGUGCGGGCCAUCGAAGGGGUGACCUCGGAUGGGGCAGCAGGCAGUCUGGCACCUGGGGAGCAUGGCCAGUCUCUAAGUGACUUUAAGCGGGCCUCAGCUUCUAGCAUCCUCCAGGAGAAUAUGUGUCACAUCCCUGACAGAUCCACUUCUGGAAAAGGUGACUACAUAGAGAAGGCCGCCCAGGCCAAAGAGCUCCUUCGAAGCGAGAAGCUGGACAGCAAGCUGGCCAAUAUGGAUUACCUCCGAAAGAAAAUGUCACUGGACGACAAAGAUGAUAGUCACUGUGCCAUCCUGAAACCCAAAAUGACAUCGAGCACCCAUGAAUGUUUGCCAGGGAGAAACAUGGCUGGGCAACAGGAGACCAUGCCAGCCUCCGAGAGCCGGGCAUUCAUCAACAGUACCCACACAUCUCAGAUGAGCGCCGUUUCCUUUGUUCCUCUCAAGGCCUUAGCUGGCCGGGUAGAAAAUGGAGGUGAGAAACCAGGUUUCGUGGCUCCCGAGUCCCCCGUGAGGAAGAGCCCCUCUGAGUAUAAGCUGGAGGGCCGGUCGGUUUCAUGCCUGAAGCCAAUUGAGGGCACGCUGGACAUUGCUCUCCUCUCUGGACCUCAUGCUUCCAAAACAGAGCUGCCUUCCCCAGAGCCUGCACAGAGCCCCAGCCCAUCCCAUCCCAGUGUCAGUGUGGGAUCCUCGGGGUCAGCAGCUCUUCCCAGUAGCAGUGGGAAAAAGAGUAACGCCACCAGCCUGAGGGAGCCUUCCUCUGCCAGCUUAAAGGUGAAUAAAUCGUACCUGCUGGAGGCUCGGUUCCUGCCCCCGAGCCGGGGACUCCAGGACUCGCUAGCAGCCCCUGGGAUAGAAUCAAAGUCAAAGCAGGACAGGAAGGUUACUCAUCCUGCGGCCAGGAGCACAGCAGCUGUCCCCGAGAGCCAGCUCCAGCAGAAAGACGGUGGUCCCACCAAACACCAAGACCGUGCCAGUGUUCCUGACCCGGGGCAGACUCUGCAUAAUGCUGACCCAGCCAGGCUGGGUAUACGUGCCCCGCUGCCACCAGAAGUAACCCCCUCCAAGGAGAAACCGUGUCCGAAGGAACCAGCUGAAAAGGUGAAAAGUCAGUGCUCUGCCAUAAGGGAUGACGUAUACAGAGAGCCCUGUGUGAAGCUGUGUCCUGCAGAGGUGAGUAAAGCCAGUGACAGUUCCAAAAACCUCCCUCCUGGGGGACGGACUCAUCCCGAUUUCUGCAUGCAGGCCCAGACUACAGAGAAAACACGGACAUGUGCAAAAACAAACUCCAGAGAUGGCCAUGAUGAGGUGAAAUCCCUGGCCAGGGAGGACUCCUUGUACUCAGCCGGGCUUCUGUGUGAGAAGGAGGUAGGCAGGGCAAGAAAAGGCCCAGAAGCCAAGCCUGAAGUCCCUGCUACCAGGCACUCUCCUCAGCCACCAGGAACUGAGAGCGAGAAGAGCGAAAAGCCGUCCACCACCCCGUCUUUGCAGAAACAGGCUCCCAAAGAGCCCGACAGGAAGGAACAGGCCCUGCAGAGGCAUGGCCCUCAACAACCCCUGACCACCAAAGAGCUGUCCAACCCAGCAGCUUGGCAGCAUUGCAGUUCACCAAACCACACACUUGCCAAGGAGCUGGGGACCAAAUCCACUGCCGCAGAACCAAGCACCAGCCUCCAAGACACUCCCCGAUCUGCUACUGCCACCGUUACCACUACCACUGCCACCCCCAGUGCCGGGCACAGUGACUGUAGUAGCCAUAAGUCCCGGCCUGGCCCUGACCCCAGCCCUUCAAAGUCUAAGCACCCAGACAGGUCCCUCUCCUCGCAGAAACUGAGUGCUGUGUCUGCAAAAGGCAAAGAGCCUGUCACUCAAACCCUUGGUGGCUCCAGCAGAGAGGGGAAGGGUGGAAGCAAGGGUCCCCUGGACAUGUUCCCUGCCAUCCUGGCCACCCAGGGCAAAGCGAUCGAUGUGUUUGGGCAGGGAGAAGGUAGGGUCACUAUCACACUCCACAUGGAAGAGAGUCCUCUAGAUGCUAAACUGAAAACCGCCAAUGGAGGCUGUCCUCAGGAGAUGCAGGAGAAGCAUCCUCCCAGACAAGGACAUCCAACAUUCAGUGAAGCAGUGGACCAGAAACUUAUCACUGCUGGUGAAAAGCAAAGCCUGUCUCCAAAGCAUCCCAAACCAUCCACUGUGAAAGACUGCCCUACUCUGUGCAGACAGAUGGAGAAAAGCCCAAGUCAGCAGGCUUCCCCUGGGGACAGGAAGUCGGAAGGGAAGAAAGGGACAGAGGCACUUUUUGUUCCAACCCCAGAGGGCUACAAGCUGGAGGCCAGCCCUUCUCCCCACCAUGGUGAGAGCCGACUCAAAGGCCCAGAGAAGCUAGCCAUGGGCAUGGGGAAGGGCUUCUCAGAGGCCAAGGGGAAAGGGCCUGGUCCUCAGAAGUCACUGGCUGAAACCGGCAAGACCAGCGGUAUGAAACGGUCACCCUCUGCCACAGCACAGAGUUCUCUCCGCUCAGCUGGCCCCCCAGAGAAAUCUCUGAGCUAUUCAGCCAGCUUUCCCGAGGCCCAGCCUGCAACACGAGAGGUCACUGCAGCCACCAGUAGCCCCUCAUCGGCCAAGGUUAUCAUGGGUACCUCAGAAUCCUCAGCUCCCAGCAACAGGGACCACAGGAAAUCCCAGUCUGGGGGAGAUGGCCGAAACCAAAUGACAAAGAGUGACUCUCUGCCCUCCUUCCGUCUCUCCAACUCCACCCUGGAUUCACACCUCCCAGACCCACAGAUGCCCAGCACAGCCGGCCACCGAGACAGGGCACUGUCGGUAACUGCUACCACAGGGGAACCCAGAGGGAGAGAGCUUACCCAACCUCCCCCAGCCAGGAAACAGAAUGUGGGCAGGGAGGUGACCAGAGCACCCCCAACCCAAAGCACGGACCGCUCCCUCGCUCUUUCCUCGGAGAAGGACUACGUGGUGCGGCAGAGGAGGGGCAAGGAGAGCUUGCGUAGCAGUCCUCACAAAAAGGCCUCCUAACACGGGGCCCUUGGUGACAGGGCUGUGAGACCCCGCCAGAGCAUCCGUGUAACUGGGUCGUUGCCACCUUACAAACCAGCAUUGUAUGGGGAUGUCCUCCAAGCAGAGCUCCGGGGCUCACAGAGGAGGAGAGACAGAAAAAGGGAACUUUCUUCCAGAUGCCUUCCCAGUCGUAACCGGUAAAACUGUUGCCAGAUAGUGUUUGUACAAAACCUGCCUCUCCAGCCAUGUGCUGGUGCGGAAGUCUCUCUGUACAUACCUAGCAAUGUGUUUGGUUUGGGAUGUAGAGUGUGUACCUCGCUGCUGACUGCCUUGCUGACCGAAGCUUUUCUGAAUGAAGAUAUGUCUUUUAACCACUUAACCAUCGUGUGGUAAUGAAGCAAAGUGGUCAGGGCUAGGUGCGUGUGAAAAUAGAAUCCUACCCAUGAUCGCGUAUGUACACAUCCACCUAUGUGUUUUGGUCUGUGGUUUGAGAAUAGUUCAAGGCUCCAUUUGUAUAAGUAGAGUUAAAGAUGAGAGAAAGCCCUAAAUACAGUAGAUGGUGAGUUUUUUGUGUGUAUUAUUUAACCAGGAUCUCUGAUCAUACUGAAUCUGGCUACCUGUAUUUUCUGAGCUGCUGCUUUCAGAACCCUCUCUUAGGAGUGAGUGGCCAGGAUAGGAAGAGCCACUUGUAGGGGACAUUUUGACCUUCAGGUCCAAGUGGCCCAAAAAGGCAAUUGUCUUUGUCUCUGGGUCCUGUGUCUGGUCUUCACCUGAGGGUACACAGAGACUAGAAACACAUUGUGAGUCAGCUUUCUUCCUUCUCCCGUCCCUUUCUGAGCUCCUACCCUCAGGCCUUCAUGCUGUGAGUCCAAGAAGCACAUGGUUAUGGUGGGUGCUGCGCCAGCCCUGCCCAUGAGGAAACAGGAAAAUCACUGGCCGCACACCAGUCCGCUAGUACUUGGGUGGAGUGAUACGCAUUAGGAAACAGAAAAUCACUGGCUGCACACGAACCUGCUAGUUCAUAGGUGGGGUGAUAUGCAUUAGGCAUUGGAAGAGGUUUUAAAUUUGCUUUUGUUGAGGAAAAGGGGGUGGGGUGGAUUUUGGCAUCAUAGCAUAUAUAUUAAAGAAUAAUCAGGACAUCAGAUACAUUUUAAUACAUAGCUGGGGCCUUAUGUUGUAGAUGAAGCUUGCUGUUUUUAGCAAGUUCCUGGGUUUCACAUUCAUUUCUGACGCAUCGAGUAGCUCCAUACAUUUCAUAACACGAUCUCUUUAUUUGUAUGCAAAAAAUUACUGUAUUAAUAAAGAGCAGCAUUUUGUAACAAAGAGACUGGAGCUAUUUGGUGCUUGAAUGUGACCAUCCUUUUUACUUUUGCUAAGCCUUAUUUAAAUUUUGUAUACCAUGAAAUGUGUAGAGUCUGUCAGAUCAUUUUAGUGCUGAGGGUUUUUCUGAUUUGUUUCUGUUGUCGCAGUUUUUUGAUGGCUUGUUUUGGACUAUAAGAUGGCACUCGCUGAAGUACAUACUAAGGCACAAUGCAGAUACGUUUUUAUAAGAUGCUUGGGAUACAUAGCAAGACUUUUGUUCUAUAAGAGAAAAAAAUUACAAAUAUUGAAUCUAGCACCAGAUCCCGUUGGGGUGUCUUGGUAUCUUUCCACCGUAAGCUCGUUUAUGUGAGCACACUCUGUGGGUUGUAACUAACCUUGUAAGGUUGUAAGCACUCUAGACACAAAGGCAUGGCAUCACUGACUGCUUGGUUGCCCAUUGUUGCAAAGCUGGUUGGCAAAGAAAAAGGAAAGGAAAAAGGAGUGUCCUCUUCACCCCGUCUCCCCACCCCCACACAGCACAUCACACACCCCCCAUCACUACAUUGUGAAACUGUAGAACAAACAUAUUUUUUACAAGAACUCAAAUGGGUCUCAAAAGUGGUCUCAACACUUAUAAUGCAUAUCUGGUUGGCAGAUCUAAUCGCGCAAUCCUUCUCUACUCAGACAUCAGGACAGGUCUGUCCAGGAGGUAGUUCACGGUUUACAGCCCUUUCCUUUCUAACUGUCCAGUUUUCUUUAAGCACAAUUAGCGGCUUGUUUACAAAGGAUAUUUUUAUGUAUAUUUUGUAUAGUGUAUUAUCAUUUUGCCAAAUAUGUUUUUGCAUUUUGGAUGAGUAAAGAGUACUUACUUAAGGUUGCUUACACGUGAUCCCUGUUUGUUGUUGUGAAUCUCCCCCGCCAGCUGGUAGAAUGUCUCCUGUGUUCUCUUUGGUCAGUCUCCGUGUGGUUGUGAGAUGUACCCCUCGGUAGGACUCCCAGCUGUAGAUUUACCAGCUUCGGUUUGUUAGGAUCUGUGCAAUAAAGUGUUGGCAGUCUUAUUUUCUCCAAGAAAUCCCCCCAUGAAUGUCAUAAUUGUUGUAUAUUGAACAAAUAUUUAUACUUAUGCAGUUGCAUAACAUUGAAUAAAAAUUUAGCAUGAAAGAUGA